CGGAACUGACUCGUUUGAAAGAAGUGUAUGUUCAGUGUGUUUUCAAUUCAUUGACACAAGUGGAUCUUUAAAGAAGAUACUUAUAUUUUUUUUUCUCCCAUCAAUAAGCGGUCAUGGCGUUACCAGUUUCAAACCCGAACAAUCCUGUUGUGUUCUUCGACGUCACCAUAGGAGGGCAAGAGGUUGGACGGAUGAAGAUUGAGCUGUUUGCCGACGUUGUGCCCAAAACUGCAGAAAAUAUCAGGCAGUUUUGUACUGGAGAAUUCAGGAAGGAUGGUGUCCCUAUUGGUUACAAGGGAACCACAUUCCACAGGGUAAUUAAGGACUUCAUGAUUCAAGGAGGGGAUUUUGUAAAUGGUGAUGGCACUGGGAUCUGCAGUAUCUACAGGGGUCCUUUUGCAGACGAGAAUUUCAAAAUAAAACACUCUGCUCCCGGACUGCUAGCAAUGGCAAACAGUGGCCCAGGCACUAAUGGCUGUCAGUUUUUCAUCACCUGUACCAAGUGUGACUGGCUGGAUGGGAAGCACGUUGUGUUUGGUAAAAUAGUUGAUGGUUUACUUGUGAUGAGGAAGAUCGAGAACGUCCCUACUGGUCCCAACAAUAAACCGAAGCUCCCCAUUGUUAUUGCACAGUGUGGAGAGAUGUAACUUUACAAACUACUUCAAAUCCUCUUUGCAUACACACUGAUAACGACUUUUUUUUUACAUUUCAGGGACUGUAAUAACAGACUAAAAUUAAGUGAGAGACUUGUCCUGGCCAAAUUUUGAUUGCGCAUUAAAACAGGGAAACAAACCUGUAUUUUUGUAUUGAUCCACCCCUUAAAGCUGUAUUUUUUAUUGAAAAAACCCUUAAAGCAGAAGUGAACGUUUCUGCUGUAUAAAAUGUACUGUUGUUGUGUAUUUGUUUUUUAUAAACACAAUCGUGAGUCAUCCACAGUUUAUUAUCCUGGGUUAUUAAUCAGAUAAUUUAGUCAAAAAGAGGUGGUCUAUGAACCCAAGAAAUUGUUUCUGUAGAGAUGCAUUUGACCUUUUUCAAUGAACCUUACAUUUCACUGAUGUAUUGCAGUGCUGAUAUUAACACCUGUCUCCUUGCUUUCAUGUCACAUUAUUACCUUACUCAACUCACCUUUCCUCUGUCGAAGCUCUCAGGGCUGCAGUUACAGAUUAAUUUAUGGACAUCCAUAAGUCUACAGGUGGUACAGGCUAGAAGUAAAACGGGCUUUGAUCCAGGACACAUAUGAAAAUAAUUCUGAUUGUGUUUAAAAAGACAUUGCCAGACAGGAACAGUAAGAAAUGAGAGGAUUGUAAAAGUCAGCGGUGUUGACUUUUCUGAGCUACUUCCAGGAAAUGAUUGCAAUGGUAGUUAGAGCCGUAACUCAACUGCUUCAAUUGCAGUCUGGCCGUCAGCUCUUGCUCAGUCCUAACAUUCCUAGCAGUACUGCAUUGAAGAAUACAGAGUUUCUUGUCCAUGUAAAAGGUGCGACUGUGUCAGUGCCUCUAUCCUGACCUGCCAUUCAGUCCUGGGCCUCUCAAGCAGAGAAUUGUGUGGUGGUUUGGUGAUGCUGGUGAAAGUCUUCUGGGGGCUAAACUGAGAACACCAAACUCGUUCCAGUUGUGAUGUGGAUUCCAGCACAGGCCUCUGAAGGGAAAGGCAUGAGUGGAUGCUGAUUUACAUUUUUGUAUUCCACACAUGCAGUACACUUCCAUUCUGCUUAGUUUAAAUAUUGAAACAUUUGUAUCCAAAUUGUGAUGAAAUGUGGUAAAUGCAUUCUUCAGAGAUUGUUGCUGCUGGAAUGAAUGUCAAAGAGGUUUUAAAGACACUACAGCAAGUGACCACCGCUAUUGUUGGAACAAAAAUUUAGCAACAUGCUUGACUUACUUACACAAAAGUACACAGCAAUCUCACAUUAAGAAGACAUUCACUGUUGUGUUUUGAAACAAAUUUUCAACAAUACGUAAUAGACACAGAAGCCCUAGAAGUCAUUCUGCAGUUUGAAAAUGAAAUGCUCCAUACGUUUUCAAGCACUUUUUUAAUUACAUUUUUUCAUAACUAGUUUCAAACAGCUUUAACAGUAACAGACAAAGCAGGAAGUGUUUUCGACUGGGUGGGAAGCGCACACUUGGGUGUCAAUGGUGGUCUUUGUGUGAUAUAACAGGCAAAGCUAUUACCAGUAACACUUAACAAAGCAGCCAUCCAUCAUCAAGAACUCUGAAUAGAUUAGCAUAACAAAGGAGGGUGGGGGUGCUUGUUGAAAACCUAGAGCUGGAUUCCACACAUCAAGCAAGUGGCUUGCUUCAGUAGAAAGCUAUCAAACCAAGCACUUGUAAAAUGACAAUACUACCUGCUUGCUAUCAGUUGUUCGCAAAAUGGAACGACCUAGUUUGUAUAAUGUUUGUUUUGGUAUUUUUUCAAUGCCAGUUUUAACAUAUAACUUUUGAGAUGUAUUACAAUCUCAUGUACCAGAUAACCCAUGGUUUGUGCCAUAAAUCAAUACAUAAAAUGAUUACAUUUUGAGAUGUGCAUGCCUGCAAAGAAUUUUACACCAACCUAAAUGUCCUACCAGGUUAUCAUUCCUGAAUUGUUUCAUUUAUCUUGUCAUCGUUUUGGUCUUUUUAGAUUUCUGUUAAGUUGUUUUCUUGUGUUGAAAGCCCAGAAACCAAAUCGUUGGAAAGGUAUGUGUCUUUUUAUCUGACAUGUUUCAUUCUGUGGUGCUCCCUUUAUUUCAAGAUUUGAUUUUGCAGUAGGGCACUGUUGACAGUAAAUUGUUAUAUUUUAUGUAUAACGCCCCUCGAUAUUCACUGUUUUCUGUAUUUGGAAAUCACAUGGAGAAAGAAGAGGGAUUUGAGCAAGAUUUAAAAGGUUUGAGCCUGAAAUUACCCAAAAAAGGGACAUUGAUGUGCUUUAACACCACAAGUACUUCAGUUGUUAUUUCCACGUAUUUAUUUAUUUAUUUUCUGCCUACCCAGGAUAUUCUCGUAGAACCAUGUGGGGUGUCAAGUAGGAUGAAUCUAACAGAUUAGAUCAGAGAAU